AGAAAGAAAUCAUCUCCGUAAAACUUUGUGCAGCAUUUCUCUAAGAAACUUUUCUUUUUUUUUGAGCGUGUUCAGUCGACGGUGAUGACGAGCUCGUAGACCCCCCAAUUGGAAACGCUGAGCAAUAUAAAGAGGGUCCGUUUUUCUGUGUCUGUGCCGUCCGAGAUGGAUCACGAUGACGACGAUGGGGUUGGAUACGUGGCCGAAAGUCACUAUCUCAAGAGUCCGACGAUAGCGGAACAACAGGCCAUGUCUUUGCUGACGAUACCCAGCCAUGAGGGACGGGAGAGCAGCAUCUCGUCCAACGUCAGUGAUCUCGAUGUGCCAAUCUACUCGUCGGAAAAUCUCACCACGAGGCCUAGGAAACCCGUGCAUUCGGGAUUCAAUGGGAAACUUGCAUUUGCCAUUGCUGCUUCAGCGUUGGGCUCUUCCUUCCAACAUGGUUACAACACCGGUGUACUCAACAAUCCACAAACUGUUAUUGAAUCAUGGAUCAGCGAGGUACGAGAAAAUCGUACCGGACACGUACCGGACAAAGCUGAGGUCACCAUGGUGUUCUCCAGUAUGGUCUCAGUAUUUUGUAUCGGAGGCAUGAUUGGAGGAGCUAUCACAGGCUUCGUCGCUGACCGAUUUGGCCGUAAGGGUGGUUUACUGUUAAACAACAUCCUGGUGAUCCUUGCAGUCUUCUGCGAGUGCAUUGCCAAGUCCGUCUCAUCCUACGAACUGAUCAUUCUCGGCCGGUUUCUCAUCGGUGUGAAUUCAGGUCUGAACGCAGGAUUGGCGCCAAUGUACCUCGGCGAAAUAUCGCCAAUCAAUCUUAGAGGUGCUGUGGGUACUGUUUACCAGUUGGUCAUCACUAUUUCCAUAUUGGUUGCUCAAGUUCUUGGUCUCGAACAAGUCUUCGGUAACACAAACUUAUGGCCUACUCUUUUGGCCAUGACCAUUGUGCCGGCCAUAUUCCAAAUGUGCACCUUGCCUCUGUGUCCGGAAUCACCGAAAUACCUUCUCGUAACCAAAGGAAAGGAAUUGGAAGCUCAAAAAUCACUAUCUUGGCUUAGAGGCACGUUGGCCGUCCAUGAAGAAAUGGACGGAAUGAGAGCCGAGGCUGAAGCAUUAAAACUGGUACCGAAGGUCACCAUGAGAGAAUUGGUUACAAACAGCGCACUCAGAAUUCCCAUGAUCAUAUCACUGACUGUCAUGAUUGCCCAACAACUCAGCGGCAUCAACGCCGUCAUGUUCUUCUCAAGUAAAAUCUUCGAGAUGGCUGAUCUGAAACCGCCAAAUACCACCUACGCCACCCUGGGAACUGGAGCCAUCAACGUCUUCAUGACUGUCGUGUCCCUUGUACUUGUUGAGAGAGCUGGAAGAAAAACAUUGCUUUUAGUUGGUUUCGGUGGUAUGGUGGUCGACACUUUCCUUCUCUUCUUGGGACUGUUGUUUGCGGCAACAUCUAAAACAGCCAGUGUUUUGUGCAUCGUCUUUGUUCUGGUGUAUGUCAUUAUGUUCGCUAUUGGACCCGGUUCAAUCCCGUGGUUCUUGGUCUCCGAAUUGUUCAACCAAGCCGCAAGGCCAACUGCUACCUCAUUAGCUGUCUCCAUCAACUGGACUGCCAACUUCUUGGUUGGAUUAGCUUUCUUACCACUUCAGGAUGCACUUGGAGCUUACGUAUUUGUUAUCUUCGUCAUUCUCCAAUUGCUGUUCGUGAUCUUCAUCUACCUGAAAGUACCAGAGACCAAGAACAAAACGCUCGAAGAAAUAUCUGCCAUGUUCAGACAACAAUCCUACCAAUAAAAACUUGCCAAUGAAGUAUUUUAAGAAUAUGGCUGGAAACUAUAUACUCUCUGUAAAUAAUAUUGCGACUGAGGUAAACAUGUAUUGUUAGAGAACUAUUUUUUGAAAACCUUCGUUGAAUGUUCGAUUAUUGUAUUAUAUCUGAUAAAUAUCAAAUGCCUGAGAGUGUUGGUACGAAAGAGUCUAUUUAUUUAGCGAAUUUGAAUAUUUUGUGAUAUAAUAGACAUAUUUUAAUUUAUUUUUAAAGACAUUUAAUUUAUUCAAAAACUUUUUAGAUCUGGACGGUCGAAUAUAUCAAUUGUGUGAUGAAUAUCAGGCUUUUAUGUUUUGUUCCUAAUGUAGUUAGUGAAUUGGAAAUCAAACAAAAUUUUGAGUCAAAUCUCAUUGUAUUAUAUUUAUUUAGGAAAAUUGCUGGAUUUUAAAAAAUUGUUAAUGUAUUUAUUGUUAUUUAUUUUUUAUUUACUGAACAUAUAAAUAAGCGACAAAAAGGAAAAUCUAAGUGUUCUAUGUGAAAUUCAUGAAACCAAAAAUGCUUUUAAAUAAAUUUUACAUUUUAAAGGGAUUUUUGAAUUUCAUUUGAUAUUAGCUAAUAUAACUGUAUAUUUUAAAUACAAUCAUUUGUACAAACUAAGUAAGCAAUUAUUUUCUGAACUAGUCUUCAAUAAUACAAUAAAACUGCAAAUAAAUCAUUUUGUUUUGGUCA